AUGGCAGGGGAACGGGAGCAACUAUCGCUGGAACCCGGGGUCCAGGGUGAUGGACACAGUUCCAAACAUCAGGAGCUCAGCUUACCCAGCCUCCCACUUGAGAUCCAUGAAAUGAUUAUCGCAGAGAUCUCGCUUGCGGCACGGAAUGUACAAUCUGAGAAAGAGUGGAAAGAAUUGGUGGGCAACAGCCUUUGUGUAUGCUGGUUCUGGAACACCACUUUAACAAAACAUCUCCUGAAAAACUGUAAUAUCCAAACAUUCCUUGCCUAUGCAAGGGAGCAAGCAAUUACUGAAAUGGCCGUAAACCGUUGGAUCGAUCAAGUCAGUAAAAACCGCAAUAGACCCCUGAUGAAGAGAAGGAUGUCCUAUGAGGAGGAUGACGGCUACUACAACGACGCCUAUGAAGGACAAUGGGAUGAGGACGAGUCUCCGACUAACUCCCAUGCUCUCAGAUAUAGCAACAACUCUGAACUCCCCUUUUACGUCAUCCUCGCAACAUCGCGCGGCUUGCGCUCACUGAUAAAUGUGCGUGUCUCCUUCGGCAUUAGCAUCUCUAACAUAGAUUUUCGGAGGACAAGUUUGAUGCAUGAAGCCGUCCGGAGCGGGAGGUUGGACACCUUCAACCUACUCCUAGGCCGCGGCAUAGAUGCUAGCGACAGAAGCAGGACAGUUACAAGCGCUCGACCUUACUUCAUGCUGCCGAUUGCGAUGGCUGUCCAGAGACUCUAUGUUGAUAUUGCUGAUGUUAUCCUCAGCUGCUCCUUAAACCAUUAA